AUGCCCGUCCUGAAUCCUUUCCUGCGCGCGCUCUUUCAGAGUAGUGUGCUAGGUCAUGCGCUCCCCGCCCAGAACUACGUCCUUCUCGUCCCUACCACCGAGUCCCUCCUUUAUGGCCAAGACCGCGAAACCAACAAGAGAUACGCCGACCAUGUCGAAGACGAAGACUUCCUGGGAAGCCAUAUCCUCCGAAUCAUCCCUGCGACAGCGGAGAAGGAUGGAAAUGUCCGCGACAGUCGUGGCAAGGCGAAAAACUACUCGACCGUCAAUGGGCGCACCGUGAUUCUAAAGGAGAAUACCGUCUAUAGCAACAAGGGGUUCAAACAUCUGAAUCAAGCGACUCUUUUGAGUGAUUUGCUAUACUAUUCGCCGGGAAAUGACAUGCAACAAUGGCUCGUCUACUACAUUUCGAAACCACUGACUGGUCUGUUCGAGGCAUUGCCUAUAAAACCGGCAAUCAUCGGGGAGACCAGAAUCAACCAUGCCGCACCCGGCACCUCGUCCUCGUCUUCCGAGCCUCCCACUCCGAAAAAGAAAGAUAUCAAGACAUUUGGUCAAUUAUUGGAGAAUUUUCCCAUGAUACAGCGACAGAUGCAACCAGGACUAGAAAGAUUGUUCAAUGAGUUUAGCAAGGAAUUGGGAAAGCCCCUCCCUCCACCCCCUUCGCGCAGUCCAACGCCGAGCACGUUGGACGGGACGACUCAAGCUUCGGAAACCGGAUCUGUCAAGUCAAACGGGUCCGUUAAAUUGCCGUUCAACUCUUCUGCGUAUUUCGAAGAUGAGGAGGAUCUGAUGCGGACAGCUCUGGAGACUGCCGUUACAGCUGCAAUCGAUCUCUUUCAAGGUGUCGACAAGCAGCAGCUUUCCUACUUGGGUGCAACAACCGAUUUGACCGGUCCUGACGUCGAGAAAUUGAUAGAGCGAUACGUGGCAGAAUAUGUUCAUCCCACUCUACUAUUUCCUCGAUUGUGUUCGUUUCACAAGGCGCAAGAUCAAGAACUUGAUCGGCGAAUACGACAGAUGGAAUGUUUAGAUGUAUCUCAGGUUGGAAUAGUCCUCGAAGACGGUAGAAACAGCAAAAGAGAUCUCAUCAACCGGGUCAACCGGGGCGUCGCGGUGUUUCGAAGAAUGGGCGUCGCCGGGAGUCCCCAAGAAAUGCUCGACAUCCUUCUCGAAACCCAAAAAGUCGUGUCGGAGCCACAAGGUAUUUCAGACGAAGAAAAAAGGGCAGUGGCAGCAAUGACGAUUAACGCGGAUAUUCUGGUGUCCAUGCUCCUCCUCGUGGUUAUCCGUGCCUCAGUCAGACAUCUUCAGGCACGGUUGUCCUAUAUGCAGCGCUUUAUUUAUAUCGACGACGUCGAAAGUGGCGAGAUUGGGUAUUCGCUGAGUACACUAGAGGCCGUCCUGACAUAUCUCGCAAGAGACGCCGGUGGUCUACGAAAGGCAUCAAAGCAAAACCAGUUGCUCUGGAAAGCUGUAAAAAGUGGAAAGAUCGACGAAGUUAGAUCAAUAUUUGAGGAGUCGGCUAUCAUGUCAGACGGCCUCGUCGAAGAACCUGCAGAGGUACCAUUGUCCAGAGCGACAACAGUAUCUACCAAAUCCUCCGACUCAUGUCCAAGAGCGGCCUUGUCGCGAACUGCGUCGAGCGAGGGUGGUCUGUCACACGUAUUUCCUUUUCAGGCAGCAGAGAGAAAGAGUCUGCUACCCAAACAGAAGAAGAAGGUGCAGAUGGCAGCAGCUAGGAGCAUGUCAGUCUCAUCGGCAUUUUCACUUUCAUCCAGGGCCGCCACAAUUGAAACAUCGCUAAGUGGAAUCGAGGGCGACACUUCUGUGCAGAGCCUGGCUCAAACACAAGAUGCUGUGGGAAAUUCGGUCUUGAUGAUGGCAGUCGAUAACCAGCGACCGGAUUGCCUUCGAUACUUGUUGAGCUGUACAGAACUUUACAGUCCAGAAGGAGUGCUGGCAGAUGUAACCCAGGAUGGGGCAACAUUAUUGAGCGCCGCAGUACAGAUGGCGAAUAUUGAUAUGGUUGAUAUCAUUCUGGGCUAUGCUGAGCAAUACACCGACGAGCAGGCGUUCCGCGAAUACCUGUCUGUCAAGGACUCUCGAGGACGGAGCGUGGCACACUACCUAUUCAAUACUCCUCAGCUGAUCAAGAGACUCGCAAAUGUCCUUCCCUGGCGACAAAGAGACAAAAUCGGACACACGCCUUUGUUUGCCAUUUGCCGGACUUAUGACCACCCUGAUUAUAGCAGCAUGGUCUCGGAGGCCUUGACGGCUGCCAAGGAAGCUCAACAUGAUGGCGGCCCACUGCGCCUGGAAGACCACAUAGACAACAAAGGUAACUCCUUGCUCCAUAUCGUUAAUGAUGCUACUAUCAUGCAACGAAUCCUGCAAACUUGCGAAGUCGAUUUGAAUGCCAUGAACGACAAGAAAUUUACUCCGUUGAUGCUGGCAAGCAAGUACGGGAGAGUGGAUAUGGUUCGCAUUUUCCUGAGCGACCCACGAAUAGACCUGCACCUACGGGAGUCUCGUGGAUUGACUGCCGUGGAACUGGCAAAAGAUGAUGAGGUGCGGAAUCGAAUCGACGAUUUGACAUUGUUCUCGCCAGCGAAUACAGCCGAUGCCACGGGAAGAAUAACAGCGAUUGUCCGGUCCUUCUUUGUCGAGGAUGGUUCAACAAGAUUUAUCCUCAAGUCGGGCGCUCCGAAUCCCGCAGUCUCAAGCACGACCUAUACCAUCACCACAAGCCGACGGUCGUUGCAAGACUUCGAAAACCUGGCAAAAUGGCUUUUGAUGGAUUUCCCAGCGUCAUACAUGCCUACUAUCCUAGCCUCGAACUUCCGGAGUCCGUUUCAGCUACACUCACGACCAUCGCGCGCGGCGUUGUAUGAUAUACAGACUAGUCUUGACCGAUUUCUGAAGAUCCUGUUGAAACAUCCUACUUUCUCCACGCACGAGAUGUUAUGGGAAUUCUUCCUGGUCCCAGACAUGCUACAAGAACAGAUGAUCGAUCGAGCACGCCUGAAGGCGGAACUGAUUCAGGAAAAGAUCAACGAUGAAUACGAUCCCCUCAUAUCCCGGGCAGAUAUGAUUGCCGUGGAUGGUCUGGUCUCUCAUUCGAGAGAUAUUGUGCGGAAAAUCAACAUCUGUACUAGAUCGUCCAUACGCAAAGGUCACGCUUAUGUUCAAGCACAUGCGGAUUUUGCAGAGGCGUUGAGCCUAUGUUCGGUAGCCUUCGCGACAAUGGGAGCUCCCGCGACGACUCUUUCAAAGAUGCACGUUGACGCCUUUUUGAAAUUUGCAGCCUUGAUGCAUUCCGAGCCGGCGAGUUCUCCUCUGCAGAACUAUAUUUGCAGCGUGAGCUCAUUUCACUCAACGGUUGUCGCGGUUCAGUCGGCGCUGCUGAAGCCGAGCGCGUUGAUCGACCGGAUCACGGCAGCCCAAAGGGCGAUGGAGAAGGACAGGUCGAAUCUGGUGAACAAUUCCAUCCCGCGAAAGGGCGUGCUGAAGAAUCUCAACCUCCCGUUUCCGGGCACCGAGGAAUCACGUAUCAAGGUGGUCAAAGAUACCGAGAAGAAGAUCUUGGAACGAGGGUUGGAAAUCGAGAAAUUGGGCAGGGAACUGAGGUAUUCUCAGGAGGUGGUGGUCGGGGAGCUGGCGGGUUGGACUACUUGGAGGCAGGAAUGGGGCAGGGCGGAGAUGAAGAGGCUUGCUCGGGGGAUUGUGGUUCGCGAGCAGGAACGGCUCAAAGGCAUGCAGAGAGUCCUCCGGGCAUUGAAGGGGAAUUGA